CAGGCCCAAGCACUCAGGACAGAGGCUGGACAGGCUCCCUCCUGCAGCCCUGCUCUUGGGGUGCUGUGCCCUCCGGUUCCAAUAGGCCAGGGGUUGGGGGGGCCAUUGGCCCUGCUCCCUGGCCCUGGCCCCCGCUGCUCCCUGGGGCUGCCUGAGGUGAAGGUGACAGGUCUGGGAGGCAGGUGGAGAAUUGGGCCAGUGAGUCAUGGAAAAGGCUCCCAGCCGGGCGGGGGUGGGUGCUCUGGCCUAUAAAGCCCCCAAGGCCCUGUGGCCUGCAGAGGCAGUCAUGGACGGCACCAUGGAGGGCUCCGAGGCGGUGCAGAGAGCCACGGCGCUCAUCGAGGAGCGGCUGGCACAGGAAGAGGAGAGCAAGAAACUCCAGGAAGGCGCCCACCAGAAGCUGCCCAUGAACUUGCUGGUGCUGGAGGAUGAGAAGCGCCAUGGGGCCCAGAGUCUAGCAGUAGAAAAGGUUAAGGGCCAGGAGCGCGUGCGCAAGACGUCCCUGGACCUGCGGCGCGAGAUCAUCGACGUGGGCGGGAUCCAGAACCUCAUCGAGCUGCGGAAAAAACGCAAGCAGAAGAAGCGGGACGCCCUGGCCGCCUCCCAGGAGCCGCCUCCGGAGCCCGAGGAGAUCACCGGCCCUGUGGAUGAAGAGACAUUCCUGAAAGCGGCUGUGGAGGGGAAGUUGAAGGUCAUUGAGAAGUUCCUGGCUGACGGGGGUUCAGCUGACACCUGCGAUGAGUUCCACCGGACAGCACUGCACCGAGCCUCCCUGGAGGGCCACAUGGAGGUCCUAGAGAAGCUUCUGGAGAGUGGGGCCACUGUAGACUUCCAGGAUCGGCUGGACUGCACAGCCAUGCAUUGGGCUUGCCGCGGGGGCCACUUGGACGUGGUGAAACUCCUACAAAGCCGAGGAGCAGACACCAAUGUGAGGGAUAAGCUCCUGAGCACACCCCUGCACGUGGCAGUCCGGACAGGGCGCGUGGAGAUCGUGGAGCACUUUCUAUCCCUGGGCCUGGACAUCAAUGCCAGAGACAGAGAAGGGGACAGUGCCCUGCACGACGCUGUGAGGCUCAACCGCUACAGAAUCAUCAAGUUGCUGCUCCUGCAUGGGGCUGACAUGAUGGGCAAGAACCUGGCAGGAAAGACCCCCACGGACCUGGUGCAGCUGUGGCAGGCUGACACCCGGCAUGCCCUGGAACAUCCCGAGCCGGGGGCAGAGCAGAACGGGCUGGAGGGGCCUCCUGAGAGUGGGCGAGAGACCCCCCAGCCUGUGCCAGCCCAGUGAAUGCCUGCCCCAGCCUAGCCAGGCCCCCGGCCCCACCCGUAUACAGCCGGAGGGUCAUAAGAAUGGCCCCCAGAGCCAACCAAGGACCCAGGCAUUCCUCUGCACGAUCCAGGAACACCUGCAGACUACCACAAUAAAAAAGUGGUUUUUGCUA